AUUCAGGUGGCUGUAUUAUUGGAGCAAGGGAAAUGGCGGAAACAUACCCCAUUGGUACACGCAAAGAAUGCGAACGUCUCGUUAAGGAUUGGGGCUUCAAGCACGUCUUUACUUGGGCGGACGGAAGCAAUGCUCAUUAUCCACCACACUCACACGGUGGUGUCACAACGCAUCUAAUACGCCAAGGGAAUUUGACAAUCACCUACCCGGACGACAAUGCUAAGCUGCAUAAUGGGGAGGUAAAAAAAGAGACGUAUGGUGUUGGUGCACGACUGGAUGUUCCGGCGGGCAAGUUGCAUGAGGUGUGGAUUGGAGAUAGUGGGUGCGAGUAUGUCAUUGGGGAAUAG